AGUCCAAUUCUAUUGAAAAUCAACUUUCUAUGUAUUCCAUUUCCGUUGAAAAUCAACUUGAUUCUAUGUAACGUCCUAAAGAAAAGAAUCAAAUUACAUACAACUCAAUUAACAAAAAAACUCUAAUAAUAGCUUCUUCCCUGCAGCAAAGCAACCUCCACCACACACCGUCCAAACACCACUGUUAAAAUCACCCCUGCAACCACCACCAUUGCACCUCCGAACAACCUAUCAAUCAACUGCCCCAUGAUCUGAUCCCACACGCAUGUUCGCUGUCGCUAGAAACCCCCAUGUGUCCCCCCUCAAUUUCACCUGCUUCAAUCUAGGGUUUCAACCAGCCCACCCCAGGAUUUCCCUUUCUGAAAUGGACUUGAUUCCGAAAUUGGGCAAGUUGUUCUUCGUUAGCCACCAGAACAAGACCAAUCAGCCGCUUGAAGUCGUUGAUUCCGAUGAUAAUAAUAAUAAUAAUAGUGUUAAUUGUAAAGAUGGGUUUGAUGUUGUGUCCGAGGAUAAGAGACUUCAGCCGGAUCAUCUUGUAAUUAUGGUUAAUGGCAUCAUUGGCAGUGCUUCAGAUUGGGGAUAUGCUGCUAAGCAAUUUGUCAAGAUGCUUCCCGAUAAAGUUAUUGUUCACUGCAGUGAGUGCAAUUCAUCUACUUUGACUUUUGACGGGGUUGACCGCAUGGGUGAAAGGCUGGCAGAAGAGGUUCUGGAAGUUGCUAAACUGUGGCCUCACGUGUCGAAAAUCUCGUUUGUAGCACAUUCAUUGGGUGGCCUAGUGGCGCGAUACGCUAUUGGAAAACUGUACGAAGACCGCCCCGUAAGUGGAUUAUCAGAUUCCGAUGAGAAGAAUGAAAGCAAUUGUUAUGAAGCUAGAAUUGCGGGUCUAAAACCAGUUAAUUUCAUAACGUUUGCAACUCCGCACCUUGGUUCUAGAGGACAUAGGCAGCUUCCGUUACUAUGCGGUGUUCCUUUUCUCGAAAAAAGUGCGUCACAAACUGCACAUUGGAUAGCCGGGCGAUCCGGGAAGCAUCUGUUUCUCACCGAUAAUGAUGACGGGGAACUUCCGCUUUUAAUUCGGAUGGUUAACGACUCAAAGGACAUUAAGUUCAUCUCCGCUUUAGGGUCAUUCAAGCGUCGUGUGGCAUAUGCUAAUGCAAACUAUGACCAUAUGGUUGGAUGGGAAACAUCUUCUAUACGCCGUCAACAUGAACUUCCAAAGUCGAAUCUUCUUUCAGAGAAUGAAAAGUACCCACACAUCGUUUAUAUAGAGCAAGAUCAACAAGAAGCUAGUAAAACCGUUCAACUUCAAAACGGAUCUCCUGCUUCAAUUUCACCCGAUGACUUCGAAGAGACAAUGAUCAGAGGUCUUACGCAAAAACCUUGGGAGCGUGUUGACGUUAGUUUCCAUAAUAGUACACAACGAUAUAUUGCACAUAGUACUAUUCAGGUGAAGAUAUAUUGGCUAAAUUCUGAUGGUGCAGAUGUGGUUUCCCAUAUGAUAGACAAUUUCUGUCUUUAGCAUCCUGCAAACGAUUCGGGAUGCUUAAGUUAUUUGUUUUUGCACACCCUGUACGUUUAUCGGGUUGUAUAUAUCAUAUAUGAUAUAAUCCUUGAAGUCGGGGAUGGUUAUGAAUUAACGUAUCUUGCACAUUUGCAAACUAAAUUCAUUUUGUUCAUAAUUUGGAUACUUGUUCUGCUCUUAAAGUUAUGUGUUUAUUAACUCUUA